AAACCAAACAAGCCCUUUAUACUUGGUCAAAUUCCGCGACACGAAGGGGCUGAGCUGAAAGCCUCGUCCCUUCACUCACAGGUAGAAGGCAGAACAAAACCCGAAGUGCGAGCGAGUGCAGAUUAGAAGGCUGAUGAUGAUCUCCGUAAGAGUAAGAGUAAGGGUAAGAGAGAUGAUGAAGUAUAGUCGUCUGGUCUCUGCUGGAGCAUCAUCGGUGGCGAGAUGGCUUUGCACGGCGGCGGUGGAGACGGAGGCGGAAGUUACGCGCCGUCGUGGAAGGGAGGGGCGGCUGUACCGGAGGUUGUCGGAGUUGGGACUCACCGGCGGGACCGCGGGACAGGCGUUAAAUCAGUACAUUAGGGAGGGCAAAAUCGUCAAGAAAUAUGAGCUCCUGCGAUGCAUCAAGGAACUCCGCAAGUACGGUAGCUACAAACAUGCCCUCCAGAUAAUGGAAUGGAUGGAGAUGAGAAACAUUAACUUUGCAUUCCGUGAUUAUGCAACACGUUUAGAUCUUACAUCAAAAGCCCAAGGGAUAGCUGAAGCUGAGAAUUACUUCAGUGGCCUCUCACAAUAUGCAAAGAACCAAUGUACUUACGGAGCCCUCCUAAACUGCUAUUGCAAAGAAAAAAUGACAGAUAAGGCAUUGGCUCUCUUCAAGAAGAUGGAUGAAAUGAAUAUUGCCUCUACUUCUGUGGCGUUUAACAAUCUUAUGUCCCUCUAUAUGAGAUUAGGUCAGCCUGAGAAAGUGCCUCCCUUGAUCGAAGAGAUGAGACACAGGAACAUCCCACUGGACACAUUUUCUUAUAAUAUCUUGAUGCAUAGCUAUUCGUGUUUAAAUGAUAUCGAGGCAGUAGAAAGAGUUUUUGAGGAGAUAACGGAGGAAAAUGAAAAAGAGUGUGAUUGGACAACAUUUAGUAAUUUGGCUGCAGUUUAUGUCAAGUAUGGACUUAACGAGAAAGCUGAGUCAGCUCUUAAAAAGUUAGAGGAAGAGAUGGGACCUCGUAGCCGUUAUGCUUACCAUUGUCUGAUUAGUUUGUAUGCUGGUACAUCCAAUUUAGACGAGGUCCAUCGAGUUUGGAAUUCCCUGAAGUCGGGUUUUCCAAAGACGACUAAUGUGAGUUAUCGUGUUAUGCUUCAUGCUCUUGACAGACUGAAUGAUAUUAAUGGCCUAAAGAGAUGCUUCGAGGAAUGGGAGUCGAGUUACUCCAGCUAUGAUAUCAGGUUAGCAAAUGUUGCUAUAAGUGCUUACCUAAAAAAUGACAUGAUCGUAGAAGCUGAAUCGGUCCUUGAUGAGGCCAUCAAGAGAUCAGAAGGACCUUUUUUUAAGGCUUGGGAUAUGUUCAUGAUGUUCUUCUUGAAGCAACGUCGAGUGGAUUCCGCUUUUAAGUACAUGGAGUCAGCUUUGGGGCAUCCAAAAUCUGAAAGUGUUGAUAAAGUUCUGAAGUAUUUUGAGGAAGAGAAAAAUGUUGAUGGUGCCGAAGAGUUAUGCAAGACGUUGAAGAAGGUUAAUUGUCUUGAUUCCAAGGCCUAUGAUUCUUUGCUUCGAACAUAUAUUGCCGCUGGAAAAUCAGCACCUGAUAUGCGGAUGAGGAUAGAGGCAGAUGGUAUUGAAGUGAACAGCGAGUUUGAGAAUUUGCUUGAAACGGUUUGCCCCAAAUGAGUUGGGGAGUCCUCUAGUAUCCCUGACAAAGCAAACAGUUUUUAGUAGUUUCAUUCAAUGUGGAUGGUAAAAGUUUCUGUCAUGUAUAACAGUUACAUCGUGAUACAUUAUUUUUUUUUUCUUUUUUAACAGGAAAUUACAUUCACAAUUUGACCAGUGUCAUUUUCUGGGUAAACAGAAGGGAAGCUAAUCAGAUUCCAACACAACUAUAGAAAUGCUUUCUAGUGGUGACCAAGAGCUUUAGGAGUCUUGUAUGUCUUUUAAGCCUUGUAAAUUUUGACAUAGCCUCAGGGUUGUGAGAGAGUUUCUUUUGGAUUGUUAUGUUUUCUUCGUAUGAUUCGAUGAAGAGAUUUGUUGCCUAAUGCAUUUGUCAUCAUGUGACUCUUGAGGA